AUAAAACGAUAAUAAACAAAGUGAAAACAAGUUUGUUUAUUUUUUCUCAUUAUCUAAAUCUAAAUACUCUAUAUAGAUAAUAAUUAGAGGAAAAUGAUUAAAUCUACUUACAGUAUACGUAAUGUAAAGAAUUCUCUCUUUUUAUGUUAAUAUUUAAUUGUAAAAACUUAUAUUUAAUCCAAUUUAAUCGAUUGCCCAAGUUCCCGGAGUUUGACAGGUGAAGUAACCUAACCUUAAAAAUGUCAAAAAGUUUGUUUUUGUUGUCACUGUGUCUAUUGUUAUUAUUAAUUGUUGUAAAAAUAGUCUGGUCUGAUUCGUUACUUUGCGCGAAUUCACAGAAUGGGGGAAAAUGUUCGUCGAAUGUUAAUUUUUCCACGAAAAGGUAUAUUCUUUAUGAUGUGAAUCCUCCGGAAGGAUUUAAUCUUCGACGUGAUGUUUACAUUCGAAUUGCGGUUUUUAUAAAAAAAUUAUUACAAGAAAAUAGCAAAUAUCAUUGGACUUUGGUUCUUCCACCCUGGGGAAAAUUGUAUCAUUGGAGAAGUAAAGAUGUUGGUGCACAAGUUCGAAUUCCCUGGGGAUAUUUUUUUGAUAUUUCCAGUCUCAGGAAAUAUAUUCCAGUUUUAGAAAUGCACGAAUUUCUAAGAGAAUAUCCGUCAAUUGAGGGAGGAACCGAUUUGGAUAUUGUUUAUAUUCUACAGAAUGACGAGGAAAUGUUUAAAACUGGCAAAUUUAGGGAAAAAAAUGAAAUAACUAAUUGUCCGAAGGGAAGAGUGCGUUAUGAGCAAAUUGGUGAAAAUGAAUUUUUCGGCAAUUUUUGGGGCUAUGACAAUAUUACGGCACGAAAUUUGAAGUGUGUUACUUUUCAUGGAACUGCUUCGAAAUUAAAGGAAAAUUUACAACCACAUCUUUAUGGAUCAGUUGUAUUCGAUCAUAUGGAAAUUGCCCUUCACGAUGUUUAUGGUUCGAAGGAAUUUUGGCGAGCGAGACGAAGUAUGCGUUAUAAUUCGGAACUUUAUGAAAUUGCGAAUAAUUUUCGUAAACGAGAAUUAAAUUCCAAUGAUGUUGACGAUUUUACCGAAAGGCCUGAAAAUUGGCAAGAGGAAAAAGGCAAAAGAAAUGCUGUUGGUGGUCCAUAUUUAGCGGUACAUUUGAGAAGACAAGAUUUUCUCCAAGGAAGAGCGGAGACAAUUCCUACGAUAAAAAGCGCAGCUUCUCAGCUAAAGGAUAAAAUGAGGGAAUUAAAAAUCGAGACACUUUUUGUGGCAACUGACGCUGACGAUUAUGAAUUCAAAAAACUCGAAUACUACCUCGAAGAUUUUAAAGUCGUAAAAUAUAUUCCCACUGAGAGAGAGAGGAAUAAAUUCAAAGACGGAGGAAUCGCAAUUAUCGAUCAAAUUAUUUGCUCCCACGCCAGAUAUUUCAUCGGAACGCACGAGUCGACAUUUUCGUUUCGAAUUCAGGAGGAGCGCGAAAUAAUUGGUUUUCCAAUUAAUAUGACAUUUAAUCGACUGUGCGGUAAUGAAAAAAAUUGUGUAAAUAGUGGUAAGUGGGAAAUUGUUUGGUAAAAUAAUUCUAAAUUGAUUUCGUAAUUUUAAAAAAGUGACAAUAAACAAGUUUUCACUUUAUUCUUAAUUUGUUCGAAAAAAGAAAGAACGAAACAAAACUCAAAGAUAAAAACCCCGAUUUUCUUAACUAUUGUAAAUUAAGAAACAAUUUGUAAUAAAAAAAAUACUAUUUUA